AUGGUUCGAUUAUCCCUGCUCCUCUUGACAUCAUUCGUCAGUACCACCGUGGCGUUUUCGCCCCACCGGUAUUGCGUCGCUCCACAUCGACAACAGCAACAGCAGCAACCAUCAUGGGCACUCUUUUCCACCAAGAAAAAGGUACGACGACAACCAUCCACCACUGAGUCGUCGUCAGGUAUUCUGGAUAUCGAAGAACCGGCUGGCAUUGUGGGCGCCGAAUUCUUUGGGGGUAACAAACAAAAGGAAGAGUUCUACGAUCCAGUCGCCGAAGCCGAGGCGGAUGCCGACGUUCAAGCAGCGGCGACCGUCUAUGAUCGAUUCCAAGAUACCAGUGCAUUUAGUAGUCCCUUGGCGGCUCGCAUUGGACGAGCGGUACAAAAUCGAAUCAAUUCGGUACUCUACGUUGUCAUGUCGUCGACUCCAGAAGAACAAGAACAAGACACUACGAGUAUUCAAUAUGCCAGCAAUCUAGUGUGGGAGAGUUGCUUUAGCACCCAAUCAUCAUCCACUCCUCUGACAGGCUUGGAAGAAGCCUUGAAUUUCUACAAAGGCGUCGAUGUCGCCAUUGUAUCAGGAACACAACUACCGGGUGACAACAACCGAAUUCAGUUGACAUGGCAAAUAUCCGUCGUCUGGCCCAUCUUUUGGGAACCUCGCGUCUUGCUCACGGGGUCCUCGGAAAUCACCCUCCAAAAUAAUCAAGACGACGACGACGACAAAGACGACAGCCUGAUCCGUACAAUUACCAAACAAAUCGACUCGUUAGAUUCUUCCUCCGACUUGAUAUCCACCAUUGCCGAUCAAUUAUGGCCACGAUUCUGGGACACCUACCAUAUUGGAAUGACACCCUCUGCCGAAAUCAUGACACGGGUCGAGGACAAAAAGAAGCAAUCAGGAUUGCUGCCCAAAAAGUACAAUGUAUUUGAAAUACCCGCUCGAUUGGUCACGGCUCCCACACAGUUGGAUUCCGAGGCGGGUCGCAUCGAUGGAAAUGCCCAAAUUAUACCCAAUCAUGCCUUUUCCUGCGUUGUCAAAACCAUGGGACCGCAAAAACAAGACUACGUACCGGCAUCUCCGGUACAAGUGCAGAUUUUGCCU